UAUUCAUUCCAACGUCGAUACUCGUUCACUUCGUGUUUUAGGUUAGAUGAAUUAAAUUACGCAAAGUUUAUUUUAAAACGUGGGUCGGACUUAGCCUAUCCACUUUUGAAUAUAAACAGUACAAAUCCUAUAUGUUUGUUUUUUAAUAUGUUUAAUGUGAUAGGUGUUAUUUCUCGAUAAUAAUUCACUCUUUAUUUUAAUAAUUUUGAAGACGAAACCUUGAAAAUGUGGAAGAAAAAUCUAUUUUCUCUUAUUUUAAAUAAUGGUAAUUUUAAACUUAGUGAAAAUCUAUUAAAAAAUGUAGCAAGCACACAAAUCAGGACAUUGCAAACUGAGGUCCCGGUAAAAGAAGUAAACAUCCCUGUAAAAUGGGGCCAUCUGGCUGCAAGACUAUGGGGCAAUGAAAAUGAACAGCCCAUACUAGCUUUACACGGUUGGCAAGAUAACGCCGGGACUUGGGAUACGUUGGCGCCGUUACUGUGCCACAAACGACCAAUACUAGCAAUCGAUUUUCCCGGUCAUGGAUUAUCUUCGUGGAUUCCAGCUGGCAUGCAUUACUACACCUGGGAUCUGCCUCGAUUGAUUUUGUACCUUAAGAACUACUUCAAAUGGAAUAAAUUAUCCUUGCUUUGUCAUUCAAUGGGUUCUAUAGCAGGAAUGCGUUACGCUAGUAUAUUUCCAGAAGAGAUCGCAUUCUACAUAGCAAUCGAUAGUCUAAUUUAUGACGACUAUGAUACAGAUAAAGUUGUUAAUAAUUACGCAACAAUUUUGAAAAAGAUUCAAGGUAUAAGUAAAUGGAAAGACGAACCUCCUUCGUAUACGAUGGAAGAAAUUAUUAAAAUUUGGCAUUUAGGCACAACAAAGUCGAUAGCCAUGGAAAGUGUUCCUCAUUUACUGAAACGUGGUUCAAAACCAUCGUCGAAGGAUCCUAAUAAGUACUAUUUUUCACGAGACCCCAGACUAAAACAGAUAUUAUUCACUGUGGAAGAUAAAAAGUUGGUUGAAACUCUAGCCAAAAAGUUGACAUGUCCGACACUUUAUAUAAAAGGAACAAAUUCUCCGUUCGGAAACGAUGAAUUUGCUGUAGAAAUGCGUGAACUCAUUGCGAAAAAUAAUAAUAACUUCGAGAGUCAUUUUUUGCCGGGAACUCACCAUUUGCAUUUAAAUACCCCUGAAUUGUUAGCACCUUUAAUUUUGAAUUUUAUGGACAAAUUUAGUUCAAAAUAACACUUAUACAACAGUAUUAAUAUUUAUUUUUUUAUAUGAAUGUUAUAAAUAUUACGAACUCUUACAAUCAAAUUGUGAUAAAAACUUUUAAUUUUGCAUCAAAAUUGACACAUAAACACUAGUCAGACUGGUUGUAAUACAAGUCAUGGUUACCCUCUGUAAUAAAACUUAUUCUCAAAGAAAACUAUAAAAUAAUAUUUUUUAUAAUAUUUAUUAUAUAGCCAUUACACAUUUAAAUAAUAAAUUUUAAAUGUCACUUUCAUAUGAGACAUCAUUACUAGAUACAUUGCUGGUUGUGUCACACACGUGGGCACCUUUACGGGUAGGCAAUACUUGAAGUAAAGCAUCUCUCCAAGGAACGCCUUCACACACCCUGAGUACUAUCUCGAAAACUGUAAUAGGAAAAUUAUAUUUAUUUAAACAAAUUAAAUAUAUUGUCAUUGUUGCUUUUUCAUAGUUAAUUUAUUUUUAAUAUUAUACUUAAAAAUCGUUUGCUAUAAGGAUAGAAAUUUGCUUAAAUUUACUAUUCAUCUGUGAUAAGAUUUUCAAUAGACUUAAUGCCGAAAAUUAACUUGUGUUACAACUCCAAAGAAUUAAUAUGUAUGUAUAACUAUUAUCUGAUAUAUUAAUUAAAAUUAAGUCAUAAUAUAAUUUCUUGUUAAAUACUAAUAUGAUAAGAUGAUAACAUGUGGUAUUUGAAUUACUUGAUUUUAUUCAAUAAAUUUUUUGUUGUAAUAAAUGCGACGACUUUCAAUUUAUUACUUUUAA